GCAGAACGUCCAAUCAAUUCCAGAGCAGCGAGCGAUGGAAGCCGACGCCCCCGUGGUCCCGCGCCGCUUUGUCGGCCGCAAGGUGGUCAAGGCCGAGACCUGCGCCGCCGACAGCGCCUGUGCUAAUAACUCGGGCGCCUGCUGCAGCUCGGAGGCUUCGACGCUCGUCAAGAAGAAGCCCAGCGCCGCGGCGCUGCGCCGCAAGAUGGCCAACCAGAUCCCGGACGAGAUCCAAAACGACCCGGAGCUCGGCAAGGCCAUCGAGCAGCUUCCUUGGAACUACAACUUUGAGAUUCGCAAGACGAUCUGGAAGCUCAAGCAAGCCAACAGCAAGCGCGUCGCGCUGCAAUUCCCAGAGGGCCUUCUUCUCUACGCGUGCGUCAUCUCGGACAUCAUCGAGCGCUUUGCCGGCGCGACGUGCAUCAUCAUGGGUGAUGUCACGUACGGCGCGUGCUGCGUCGACGACCUCACGGCCAAGGCGCUUGGCGCCGACUUUAUGGUGCACUAUGGGCACAGCUGCCUCGUGCCGAUUGACGUGACAACGAUCAAGAUGCUCUACGUCUUUGUCGACAUUUCGAUCGACGUGACGCACCUCAUCGAGUGCAUGAAGCUCACGUUCGCGCCGUCGACCAAGCUCGCGCUCAUGGGCACGAUUCAGUUUGCGACCGCAAUGCACUUGGCGCUCAAUGAGCUCAAGAGUUACUUUACCGACAUUGUCGUACCGCAAGCCAAGCCCUUGUCGCCCGGCGAGGUCCUCGGGUGUACGUCGCCGCUCUUCCCGGACCGCGAAGCACUCGUGUUUGUCGCCGACGGUCGCUUCCACCUCGAGUCGGCCAUGAUUGCCAACCCGACGGUCAAAGCGUACAGAUAUGACCCGUACCCCAAGGUGCUCAGCUGCGAAAGCUACGAUCUGGGCCAAAUGGUCGCGAUCCGCAAGAGCGCGGUGGAGACGGCCAAGUCGGCGCAGACGUUUGGUGUGAUCCUCGGGACGCUCGGGCGCCAAGGCAGCACGGUCAUCCUCGACCACCUCACUUCCGUCCUCGACGCCCACGGCAAGCGACACUUUACGCUUCUUCUCUCCGAGAUCUUUCCCGAAAAGCUGGCCAUGUUCAAGGAAGUCGACGCAUGGAUCCAAGUGGCGUGUCCGCGCCUCUCGAUCGAUUGGGGCUAUGCCUUCAACAAGCCGCUUUUGUCGCCGUACGAAGCCGAAGUGUGCUUGAACGAGACGCCGUGGCAAGAGGCGUACCCGAUGGACUUUUACGCCAAGGGCAGCGGCAAGUGGACCAAUUAUUACAAGCCCGAGAUCACAAAGUAAGCCCAUCCAGCAUGGUGUACUACAGGUAGUCAAUGGAAGGGAAAUACACGCGUCGACGUGCGACGAGAUUUGUAUGCA